AAACAUAAACAAUUAAAUGUUAUAUCACAGUUUUUGUCAAUAAUUUAGGUGAAACCGCGUGGCCACUAAACAAUACUGUAGGCGGUUUAUCAAAGCUGUUAUCAGCUUCAUUACGUUAUCAGUUUAAUCAGGUUUUUAGAAAACCACUAGCUACUGCCUGCGAGUUCGCCUGUACACUGUAAACUAUCCUAAAUUCUUCCCCGGAACCCAAAAUACCAAAGUACUUUUGCAUUUACAAUACGAGGGCUGCUUGCUACUUAUGUAUCCAUAAUGGGCCACUUACUGGAACUAUAUUAAAAAUAUAUAAAACAUAUAAAAAUUUAACUCUUUGGAAGCAGAAUACAGUUUGUUUCAUAUGUCUAUAAAUUGGUUUUACAUUGUAGCAUCAUUUUAAAGAUUUCUUGUUUCAUCUACAACGGAUUAACUUGUGGAAAAAAAUUGUGCGAUAAUUUUUUUACGACUUUCGGCGUGGGUAAACUCGAAAAUAGUGCAUGGAUCGACUUUUGGAGAGUAAGUCCCAUCGAAGGUCAUUGUGUCAAUGUUUUAGUUAAAUUGUGGUCGUCGUAUGCUUACGGACGAAUUAAAAAAAAACCUAAAGCUGAAUCCCCCCGUCCCGUCCCCCCCUCCCACUGCAUCAAAAAUCUGGCUGGCUUCACUUUUUAAAUGCAUCUUAGGAAUACAAAGCUCAAGUCUACCAAAGGAAACCUUUGGUUCAGAGAAAACCGUAUUUGGUAUUUGUUGUGUGCAAACGCACCUAUCAAUCGGUUGAUAAAUGCAAUUUUUAAUCUUAUCUCGAAUGUCAGUUAUCGGUAAUAUCCAAGAUAGAUGCUUCGCUAAUCACUUAAUUCUUUGAAUUAUAUCGCGCGAUAUCAAUUACGUCCCGCCAUUUCAUUGUUCAGACAGAACACACGACGACGUACUUUACUGGAACGGGCGAUUUUUGUAUUAAACCAUUUCGGUCUGGACGAUUCAAGUUUUUAGUCCGGAUUCAAUCAUUAUGUCAAAACGCAAGGAUGAUAAUUAUUAUUGUCAAAAGUACAAGAAAUUAAAAAACCAGUUGGAAACUGUCUCGUCGUCAUCGUCGGAUGAAGUGGUAUAUUGGGAAGUAGAAUUUAUAUUCCUAUUUUAAUUCAGAAACGGGCAACAUUGAUCAUGCUGAACCGGCCAUAACCGGUCCAGCUGAACCGAAUAUGACCAGUCGCGCUGGACUGGACAUAAACGAUAAUGCUGAACCGAACAACACCGAUCACGCUGCUCCGAACAUCACCCAUCACGUUGAACCGGACACGAAUGACCAUACCGAACAGGACAGGACCGGUCGUCCUCAACCUGACCCGCAAGUAAUACUAGAGCAACCCAGCGAAUUACCCACUUCAGAUCUAAAUAACGGAAAUAUUGAAGAUGGAAAUCAGGUACGCAACACAAUGUCUCAACAUGAUUUAAAUCAAUGGCUAUCCGCACUGGAGGAACCAAUGGACGAUAACCCUGAAUUUGGAGCAAAUAUAAAAGAAAGCAUAAGUAAGCUUUGCUUAAGCUUGCUGAAAAAUGGCUUGGUCAAGGAAAGAAAGGAUAGAAUCCAAAAGGAUUAUCUGAUUCCCAAUAAUUGCCGUUUAUUACAAGCACCAACUUUGAACGCAGAGAUUUCCGCGGUUGUGCCCGAUAUACUUCGGGAUCAGGACAAAGACCUGGCUGCUGUGCAACAGCAACUCGGCCAUGGAAUCUCUGCUAUUGCCAAAGCUAUGAAUGAAUUGAAUGAUCUGGCCGAAAUUCCGAAGUCGCGCCAUUAUCAAAAGUCAUUCGAAGCGUUCAAACAUCUGGGCAAUGGCUGUCGCAUUUUGUGCGAUCUUCAUGCGUCAUUCACUCAGCGUCGCGUAAAGCUUAUCACACCAAGCCUGGAUAAUUCUUUUCUGCAUGUAAUUCAGAACACAGAACGAGACAACACAUUAUUUGGUAAUACAUUGUCUGAAAAAGUUAGACACGCUUAUCAAAGCACUGAAGCACCUCGAGUUGAACCAACGUCUCGUUAUAACGAAAGGAAUAGGUCAGAGGAAUACGUAGCAAAAGAAGGUCUCGAAUCGCAUAGGACUAACGCCCCCGGCACAUCAAGUGGGCAACCUAUCCACAGCGAUGGGCCUCACGGGACUAACGCCCCCAGUACAUCAAUUGCCUCUGAGCAGCAUAACCGUGGCGACGAAAACACGCGCCCAGACUCCGCAACCCAGGAUUCCUCAUCUACUACGACCUACCCUGGCUAUGAAGAGCUUUUGAAACAAUCCUUGAUUCGAACAAAUUCGCCACUAGAAUCAUUACCAAUAAUUUUGGGACGAUUUACUGAAACAGCACUAAAAGUAUAUGAUAAUAUAUUCAGGUUAUGGUGGCAACAUUGCGCCGAGAGUGGCACUGACGUUUUGAACCCCUCGGCAUCAAUAAUAAUAUCUUUUUUUAAGAAAAAAGAUAGAGGGACUUACUCGGCAACCUCAAUUACAAAUCGCCGUUCAGCUUUAGGUUUGUUAUUAGGAGAAAGAGUUAGUAAGAACGACCACGUUGAUAAACUGGUGAGAGAUGCAAAAGAAGCACAGAGACGAAGGAGGCAAAAUAAGACUGUGAGUGAAACCGCAAGAAUAGCGAGUUCAUUAGAAUUUCAAGUCCAAGCUCGCUCGUUCACGGCUCCGCCACGUGAAGCUUAAUCUUUAACGUCCUACGGUCCUAAUACCAAAGACAAUUUGAAAUAGCCUCUUAAGGCCCAGCCAUAGAAAUGAAAAAUCCAAAAUUUGCCACUGGAAUUUGAACCUAUAGUGCACGGAAUAUAGUAGAUUUUAUUUUGUUUGAAAAUUGCACGAAACAAAACAAAUGCAACUCUGUCCUAAUUAAAUAUGAUUUAAAUUUCAUCGAACUGAAUAAGUCCUAUAGGUAGGACCUUGGGCCUUACGAGGAUAGAGGUGGACUGUCAAAGAAAAUUUUGUAGCCAUAGUAAAUUUACUGCCAUCUUGCGACACAUGACUGAAACUUUUAGAACACCAUUUGACUUUGAUCGCCAUCGCUCGAAACGAUGCGGCCAUACCUUUGGCUUUUGAUCUAUUAGAUGGCGCCACUUUUUGAUAUUUAACAAAUUAAACACAUAUUAGUGAAACAAUAAGGAUCAAAGUCAAAUGGCGUUCUAAAAGUUUUAAUCAUGUGUCGAAAGAUGGCAAUAAAUUUACUGCGGCUACAAAGUUUUCUUUGACAAUCCACCUCUAUUACAAAUUCUCUUUGCUAAUACUAAAAAUAAUUAUCUUCAAUCAAAAAUAUAUUGAUUGAGUAAGAUGUGUAAAAUCUAAGACAAUAUCGUGCUUCGAAUUUGACAGGUAAACGAGAUGGCGCUGUACGGCUCCAUACAUUUUGCGGUAACUCUGACUGUCAAAGUUGACGUUUGACAAUUCAGUGACCGCAAAACAUAUGACGCAGUACAGCGCCAUCUCUCACACUAAGGGACACGUGCAGUAUAACAACGCGUGGCGGGCGCUGUUCCGCCUGCCACGCUGGUGCAGCGCGAGCGCCAUGUUCGCGGAAGGGCGCGCGCCGGGCUGGGACGCGCUGCUGCGCGCGAGAAGCGCCACCGCCAGAAAGGCAAUAUACGGCUCCUCCAACACGCUACUGUCGGCGGUGAGAGAGUGGGACGCCAGCCCGCUGCACGAGCGCUGGAGGGGCUACCACAAGCCUAUCGUGACGGGCUCAGGGUAACCCGGGACGCAGGUCCUUAUUUGAAUUUUAAUGUAAUGUAAUAUAAUAUAUUGUUAUUUAAAUUUUAGGAUGUUAUUUAAUUUGAUUUAAUUCUAUUUUAAUUUAAUUUAAUUCUUUUUGUAAUGUGUAAAUGUAUAAUGUAUAUGGAAAUAAUUUUCUGGAAUAAAUUUCAUUCAUUCAUUCAUUCAUUCAUUCAUUUGUUCUUAGACUUUACCUUCCUAUUACAAUGAAUUCUCUUUGCUUCAAUGGAAUAAAAAUCAUUUUUAAUUGGAACAGAGUUGCAUUUCCUUUAUAUCGUUCGAUUUUUUGAACAUAAUAAAAUUAAUUUUAUUGUGUUAUUGGUACUAUUGAUUCAAAUUAGAAUGCAUUUUUUUUACAUGGUGGGCAGCUAGAAAUUAUUUUCUUAUAAUGAGUUUUGGCCAAUUUUGCUGUUUUGUCCCAAUUGGGUGCCUUCAUUCUGCAAUGUAUUUUUUCUUGUAUGUAACCGGUUUUUGUCAAUAAACCAUUUUGUAUUUUUAUUGUA